GCAUCGCGGUUAGCAUCGAUAACCCGCGUGCCGGCCCGUGUCAUCUCUGAACACUUCUCGUCCGGCGUCUUCUCGCGAUAUCUCAGCAGACGCUGCGCCGUCGUUGCGUAAGUCUCCGUUAGCUCGCGCCGCUGUCAGUCUCACUCAGACGGUUGUCAGCUCGCUCGAGGCUCUGCGCUGUGACUCAUCAGGACAGCACGAACCAGCCGGGACGUUCAUCACCUACACGUUUCUUUUGUCCGUUUCCAUCGGACGACUCGGAGCCGGCGCUGUCCGUGAAUCAAGGACAAAUGUCCCUGUCUGGUUGGGUUUGCGUGGUAACGGGUGCCUCCAGAGGCAUUGGCAGGGGAAUAGCCCUGCAGCUGUCGGAGGCAGGAGCCACUGUCUACAUCACAGGGCGACAGGAGAAGACCCUGAAACAAACCGCUGCAGAGGUUAAGGAGAGAGGUGGGAAUUGUUUGCCAGUAAUCUGUGAUUCUACAAAACAUGAAGACAUUGAGGAACUGUUUGAACGGAUCUCACGGGAGCAGAAUGGCAGACUGGACAUCCUGGUUAACAAUGCCUAUGCUGGAGUACAGGCUAUUUUCGAGAGUAUGGGGAAGAAAUUCUGGGAAACUGAUCCAUCGAUCUGGGAUUCCAUCAACAACACUGGCCUCAGGGGCCACUAUUUCUUCUCAGUUUAUGCAUCUCGGUUGAUGGUGGCUCAAGGUCGAGGUUUGAUAGUCACCAUCUCAUCUAUGGGAGGGCUGCGGUAUCUCUUCAAUGUGCCGUAUGGUGUUGGUAAAGCCGCGUGUGACAGAAUGGCAGCUGACAUGGCUGUUGAGCUGAAAAGUAGAGGAGUGGUUUCUGUCAGCCUGUGGCCCGGGGCAGUACAGACAGAGCUGGUGUCUCAGUUAAUACUGGAGAAAGAUACACCACAGGGUACGGAUUCUAAGUUUAAAGAUGUGUUUGCAAAUGGAGAAACCACAGAACUGAGUGGGAGGUGUAUUGUCAACCUGGCAAAAGAUACAAAUCUGAUGUUGCUGACUGGGAAAGUUAUAAUGACUUGUGACCUGGCAAGGCGCUAUGGGAUACAAGAUGUUGAUGGUCGGAGUGUAACUGAUUAUACUUCACUAAAAUUCCUCCUGACCCAGGUCCCAUAUCUGUCCUGGCUCUCAGUGGUUGUCCCCUCAUUCCUUCGCCUGCCACGCUUUGUGCUCACCCUGGCAAAUAGCCGGUUCUGAACAUUUCCUCUUUCAGUACUGAAGUGAAGUAUACUAUAUACAUCCAAUUCCUACUUGAGUACUUCAUCACUAUGAUUCCGUGAUGUAAACAUGAAGAAUUCCCUUGCAUUCUGUAUUUUAAAUGCAACACUAAUAUCAGUUGUGAAUGAAGCCACACAAUGACUAAAUGUGAAUUAUUAAACACACUACAUGUAAUUUAUUUUGACGAGUAUAUAACAUCUAAAGCUUCACUGCAAAGUGAAAACCUUACAGAUGGUCCAGAGUGUGGCAGCGCAUCUGAUCAAUCAGCCAAAACAUGGCAGAUGUCACUCAGCUGCUCAUCGACAUCCACUGUCUACCCUUGGCUGCCUAAAUCAAAUCCGAGUCCCUAAUGCUUGCCUACAGAGCAACUUCUGGGUCUGCACCCAUCCAUUUCAACUCAACCCAACCCUGCUCAGUUGGCAAUCACAUUUAGGACUGUUUUCAUUUAUGGUGGAGGGAGAAUAUCAUCACGGUGUCUUGUUUCCUUCUCUAGCUUCAAGAACCUCUUAAAGACUCGCCUCCUCUCCUGACACCUCCAAAGCUCUGAAGCUGCUUCUAGACGUCCGCUUUAAGCCCAGGCAUUCUUCUAUUUCCGUUCUAGAACGAAAAUGUUACUCGAUAUAUAUUCUGUAACUUUUCCUGCCAGCUGUCGAGUAAAAUUUACGGUAAAUGUCAGAGUGAGCCCAUGUGAGAAUACACCGGGAAAAUUCACAGCAAGCGAGUGGGCGCACAAUUAUCGUUUCAUCCUGCCUCCUAGCUCUAUCCAGACUUCGCAGAAUGUUCCAGAGAUGUUCCUGUUGGUGUGAAGGCGUCUGACUUGGGUAGUCUCCUGCUACGUUUGUCAUAUGUGAACAGCAAAGUCAGGAUUUUUUUUGGGACUUUUUCUGGAAUCCAUGUCUGAAAACAGCUUAACUAGAACUUACUGGGCACUUUUGAUGUUCUUCUUUAACUGAUCUCCUUGCACUUUGCCAUAUUGACCAGAUUUAACAAUGAAGACUUAUUUGUCCAACAGUACUGAAGCUUUAAUGCUGUCCCUCAGAUGUAAGUCGCUGUCUGCCAAAUUAGUGUAAUGUAAUUAUUACGCAUUUUAGAAUCAUUAUACAAACAAUUGUAUAUUUUUUCAACUAUUUUUACAUUUAUUUGAUGUAUUGCAAUUAAAUGCAUAUACUGUACAUUCAACACGACUACUACAACUAAUACUUCAGUAUCUCACCUGCAUAUAACAACCUGUUAAAUAAAGUAAUGUGCACUUG